UUUCCCCCCUUUAUUCCCCUAUUUUUCCUUUGAUUCUUUUUAUUUUUUUUUCUCUCUUUUUUAAAAAGUAAAAUGCUGAUACAUGUCAAUAAUGAACCAGUUACACGGUCCAGUGCGAAUGAAGACAGAUACUACGUUGGCCUAAAACUAUUAAGUGUUUUUAGUAUGGGCUGUAUUGGUUCAGGCCAAAUGUUUUUGCCUAUUUUUUAUAGAAAAGUCCUAGGACUUGGUACUGAUAAAAUUGGUUUUAUAUUCUCUAUCAGUAGGUAAAAACGCAUUGAAUAAUCUAUUGACUGUAUAAAGCGCCCCUUGUAUCAUUGACUGCUAUGCCUUACUGGACUUGGCUUGUCGAUAAAACAGGCGAAUACAAAAAAGUCAUGAUCCAAAAUAUGUUGAUUGCCUUAGGGUGUAUUUUAUCGAUUGCGUUUGUUCCUUUUGCUUCAGACAAGGAAUGGAUACAUAUUGUACUGACUUCAAUGGGUUGCUUUGGUUAUGCUUUCUUUGGGUAUCCAGUGAUUGCAGUGCUUGUUGAUGCUGUGAUUUUGAGAGUAUUGGCAGACAGAAAAGAUUUGUAUGGACGACAAAAGAUAGGCGUACCCAUUGGGUUUGCUUCUUCUGUUUUCCUGACUGGGUUUUUGACAGAAAAGCUAGACUCACUUUAUGCUCUCUUCAUUGUAUUUGGAUUUUCCUGUAUUUCAUUUAUAGUGACAGUGAUAUUCACUAACUUUGAUCCACCCAAGUAUAGUAUGGCAAAAUACGGUACUACUUCUCUAUCGCCUCAAGAACAAAUAGUCAUUGAGGACCAAGAUGAUGACAUUAGUGUAACAAAAGCAAAAGAAGGAUCUAUGUGGCACUUGUUGCAGACACCAGAAUCUGUUCAGUUCUUUACGUUUGUUGUCAUGCUUGGUUCUGUGAUUGCUGCUAUUCAAGCAUUUCUAUAUCUGUUUUUUGAAAACGAUUUAAAAGGAACUUCUUCCAUGUUGGGUUUGUUUGGACCAUUAGGAAGUAGUACCGAAGUUAUUUGUUUUUUCUAUUCAAAACAAAUUUUGUUACGUUUAGGUUCUCGUCGUAUGCUUAUUGUCGCCCAAUGUAUCACUGUCUAUCGUUGCUUGACUUAUUUUGUCGCUACCGAAUUGACUUUUGGUGCAUGGUUGACUACUACUACACAAUUACUCCAUGGUAUCGGUUUUUCGAUGGCUUGGAGUGCAGGUGCUUUACAAGCAGAUCUGUAUGCCCCUCCUCAUUUAAAAAGCAGCGCGCAAGGCUUACUUAAUAUGGCUUUUAAUGGAGUGAGUGGCCUGAAUGUGUUAGUAUGUGGUUAUAUAUAUGAAACAUAUGGUAGCAGGUCUAUGUGGGCUUUUGUUUCUACCAUGGGUAUGUUUAGUCUAUUUUUGUAUCAAUCAGUUUAUUUGCGUAGUACGCUAUUCUCUUGGAUAUCAGAAUUUAUCAAGAGAAAAUUCAUUGUGUAGUUUUUUUUUUCAGGCGCCGUUUCCUUUCUAAACGCAUGAUUUAUUGUUUGGUGCAAAAUAAAAAAAAAAUAGCUUCCCCUUA